AUGGCCGGAGAAGCCAUGGAAUCGAAGAUCGGAGGGAGAAGCAUUGAAGUUAGCCUUCCAGACCUCGAACACUCAAGGUUUAAUGGUGGAGAAGCCUUUCUUUGCGCAUAUCUUGUUUCCAAGCUAGUUCAUUUUUCACUUAUCGACAAGUCUAAACAGAAAAUCAAUCGUCUCCCUCCUGGUCCAAAACAAUGGCCUAUUGUGGGCAACCUUUUUCAGUUGGGGCAAUUGCCUCACAGAGACAUGGCUUCAUUCUGUGACAAAUAUGGGCCAUUGGUUUACCUCCGACUAGUGGCUAUUAAAAACCUGCAGUAUAUGACGGGGCUUGUCUGUAUUUUCCCAAUUAGAUACAAGCAAAAACUCUUUAAAAAGUUAUUUUUCACGCCUCAAAGCCUGCAUUUAAUUUUGUCCUUAUAUUAUAUAUAUUUUUUACUAACAGGUAACGUCGAUGCUAUCACCACCAAUGAUCCAGAAAUCAUAAGGGAAAUACUUGUACAACAAGACGAUGUUUUCGCAUCUAGGCCAAGAACUCUUGCUGCUGUUCAUCUAGCAUAUGGUUGUGGGGAUGUGGCAUUGGCUCCAUUAGGACCAAAAUGGAAGAGAAUGAGAAGAAUUUGCAUGGAACAUUUGUUGACAACCAAAAGGCUUGAGUCAUUUGCAAAACAUAGGGCAGAUGAAGCUGAAACCCUAGUUCAAGAUGUUUGGGCCAAGACACAAAAAGGGGAGACACUAAAUUUAAGGGAAAUUUUGGGUGCUUUUUCAAUGAAUAAUGUGACUAGAAUGUUACUUGGAAAACAAUAUUUUGGGGCUGAAUCUGCUGGCCCACAAGAAGCAAAAGAAUUUAUGCAUAUUACUCAUGAAUUAUUUUGGCUUCUUGGAGUGAUUUAUUUAGGUGAUUAUUUACCUUUAUGGAGGUGGAUUGAUCCUCAUAAUUGUGAGAAGAAAAUGAGGGAAGUGGAGAAAAGGAUUGAUGAUUUUCAUAUGAGAAUAAUUGAAGAACAUAGAAAAAAAGGUAAAAGUAAUAUUGAUGAAGGUGAAAUGGAUUUUGUGGAUGUUUUAUUGUCUUUGCCAGGUGAAGAUGAAGGAGAUGGGAAUGGAAAACAACACAUGGAUGAUGUUGAAAUUAAAGCUCUCAUUCAGGAUAUGAUAGCUGCAGCCACGGAUACAUCUGCUGUAACCAACGAAUGGGCAAUGGCUGAGGUGAUAAAGCAUCCCCACGUCCUCAAGAAGAUCCAAGAAGAGCUUGACAUAGUUGUUGGAUCGGGUCGGAUGGUAACCGAAUCCGACUUGGUCAAUCUCAAAUACCUUCGUUGUGUAGUACGUGAAACUUUUCGAAUGCACCCUGCUGGUCCAUUUCUAAUCCCACAUGAAUCAAUCCGAGAUACUACGAUCAACGGCUAUUAUAUCCCGGCCAAGACACGUGUCUUCAUCAACACACACGGUCUUGGUCGGAAUACCAAGAUUUGGGACAACAUAGAUGAGUUUAGGCCAGAGAGACAUUCACCAGAAGAUGAAAGUAUUAGAGUUGAAAUAAGUCAUGGGGCGGAUUUCAAGAUUUUGCCAUUUAGUGCUGGAAAAAGGAAGUGUCCUGGUGCACCAUUGGGUGUGAAGUUGGUGCUUAUGGCUUUGGCUAGGUUGUUUCAUUGCUUUGAUUGGAGUCCACCAAAUGGAUUGAAACCUGAAGAUAUUGACACAAGUGAGGUUUAUGGAAUGACUAUGCCUAAAGCUAAGCCUUUGAUGGCUGUUGCUAGGCCUCGACUGCCUGCUCAUUUCUACCAUUGCCACUCAAUCAAAUGAAUAUAGAAACUAAAAGUUUGUUAAUAAAAUUAUUGUGUUACGCCACGCACUGAAAUGACAUCGAAAUGGAUAGCUUUUUUUUCAAGGGUGGAUAUAGUGUACAAGAUAUAGGAAUUCAAUAGCUUUUAGCUCUAUAUAUAUAUAUACAGUGGCGGAGGCAAGAUCUCCAUGAAGGGGGUUCAAAAUUUUUUUUUUUAGCUAGUGGGAAUUGAACCUAUGAUCUUAUGAAGAUUUUGAACCCUUUCCGCCCCCCUAAAUCCGCCCCUAUAUAUAUAUAUAUAUAUUUUUUUU